CACCCUUCAGUUAGCUCAGUUCUCAGUUAUCAACUUGUAUAGGUAGGUCAUACAAUCACCCAAGGGAAAACCAAGGAAAAUCUAGAAUGUCUUCUCUGCCGACAAAAUCCUGGAGCAUUCAGUUCCGUGAACUGGUCACCUCGCCCUUUGCCAUAAUCGCGAUGACCUGUGUCCUCGGUUAUGUGGCCUAUAUGAAGACCAGGCGUCAACAUGGAACCUACGAUGAUGAGGACUACGAAAAUGAGGGACACCGCAAGCUGCCAGCUCCAUUGACGGGUCUACGUCUCAAUCGAAAGCAGUUGGCCAAGUAUAACUCGGAGCGUCCGGACAAGACCUAUUUGGUGGCCCUACUCGACGUGAUCUAUGAUGUUUCCAGUGCAGCUCAUGAUUUCGGACCUGGUGGCAAGUAUGCCAAGCUUUCGGGAACCGAAGUGACUGGGUUCAUAAAGAAACAAGCUCUAUUCGAAAUUCGUGACUAUGAGACGUAUUUGUCUGAAUGGCAAAUGAUGUUGGAGGAUUUCUUCUAUCCUGCUGGCAAGCUAAUCGAUGAUGAAAGACAACUGUUUGUUGAGAGUAAGAUUAAAAUGAAUACCAUUAAGGAGGAAAUUAAGGAGAAAAAAAAGGAAGUGGAGAAGGAACCGAUACAGAAACCAGAAAUGAAACCAGAACUGAUUCCAGAGCUACCCGAUUUGGAUUUGGGUUCACCAGAUGAGGCUAUUAAUUCUGAUUGCGAUUCCCUUCGCACUGCCUAUGAUUUUCCACCAGGUCAAGAUGAUCGCGUUGAUGAUGAGGAUGAUGAGGACGAUGGAAAGGUUGAUGACGAUGGGAAUGAUAAUGACAAGGAGGAGUUCUCUGAAACUGGCCAGGGGGAUAAUGAUGGCGAUGCCCCAACAGAUGAUGCUCCCAACCAGACCAUCUGGAAUGACACAGACGUAACGAUGGUGGCCACUUCAUAAAUCCCCUCACCUUCACGCAUCACCCAUUGAAAUCCAGCCAAAAGUGGCACUUAACCCAUCAUAAGCCGCCCAUAUAUGAACUUAAGCCCUCAUCCAUAAUAACACAAACAUAAAUAAAUAUCUUUCGGAUUUUACGUGUAUCUGCAUUUGCAGCCAUUACACCGAGAAAAGCACUUUUAUACAUAACUCAAAAUUGUAUAUUGCUUGAGAUUCAGUAUGGAAUUGUAAUAUAUUGCUAUUAAAUAAAUGGGUUAA